UCGAGAACAAGAUCAAUCCGGUUUUAUCCGGAAUGCGGAGGCAGUUUAUGUUCGAAUGAAACCCAGCAAAUUGUUUCGUGCAACAGAACUUGUAUGAACGGAGGGAAUAUGACAACAUCUGAGUGUCAGUGCAGUAAUGGCUGGGAAGGAGAAUGCUGUGAGACAGAUAUCGACGAGUGCGUAACACUUGAGCACGAUUGUCACCCGAACGCAACUUGCAAAAAUAGCGUUGGAUCUUACAGUUGCGUGUGUGUGAAGAACUACGAGGGAAACGGAACGUUUUGUGAAAGGGCGAUAUUUGAGCAUGGUAUCCAAGAAACGCGAAUGGCAAACGAAGUGGCUUCUUCGACGUUAGAUUUAAAGACCAUUGCACUUAUAGCUGUAACGGGAGGAUUUGCUCUUGUUGGAGUGCUCGCGUUUAUCGCUUUAAAAACUCGUAUCGCUAAACAACCAGACGUGACGUUAAGAACAGCUUAUUCAAAUCCAUUAUACAUGAACACUAUUGAUAAUGGAAUUGUCGAAACGAUUGGAAACCAAAUUCACCUCGACCCAAACCUACCAAGCGGAAGCGGAACUUGAAAGGUCUUCAAUCGGUGAAAAAGUAACAUAACCUGGGCCACUGGAUCCGGUUUAACUUGCGUCGGGUAUUUGUUAAGCAUUGUGGCAGGCGGGGAUAAAUCCGGUCGUGUUGAGCAGUCGUGUUGCAUUAGUCACAAAACAAUAUACGUCACGAAUAUGGGAAAUGUCUGUUGCUAAAUCCGUGUAUGAACGAUGGGUAUAUCCGUGGAAAUGCGUGUUUAACGCUCGAUUGGAUAAUGAUUUGGAUUAAGAUAGAUUAAGAAGAAAUAGAAGACAAAACAAAAGAAGUUUACAUUUUGCUUGCUGUAUUUCACGCUUUGCUUUUUGAUUUAUAAGGUGUAUUUUUUAUGUGUGUAGCUUAACUUAUUAGUGUUUUUCGUAAAUUUUAUAUUAAAAAAAUGUAAUGUCCAGUUGUCCCCUUUAAUAAUCUGUACCCCUUGUCCUAUAAACAGAACUCGCACAAAACAAUACCGUAAAAUAAAUUCUGUACCAUGUCACUGUCAA